AGUCCCGGGCAGCCUGUUUGGGUCGGGGUCCUACACUGAUGACGUAGACGCUGCUGAUUUGGAGGAUGUUGUUGUGAGCUAAACUUUUGUCAAACCUUUUCUCUUUUGUAUAUUUAUUUUACAUGUUUUUUCUCAAAUGCGGAGCCCGUACUACAAGCCGCACAAUGGCACACACUGCACAUACACCAAACUGAAAGCGUCCUCCUCCUCUGGCCCCUCCCCUCUGGCUGCGAUGCCUCAGAAGCCACAGAAGCCGGCUCAGACCACCCACUACAUUGAGCUUGGCGGGUAUCAGUACUGGCCUGUGCUGGUGCCCCGGGGCAUCCGGCUUUAUACGUAUGAGCAGAUCCCAGUAUUUCUGAGAGACAACCCCUACAUCACCGAUGGGUACAGAGCCUACCUGCCCUCUCGCCUCUGCAUCAAGAGCCUGUUCAUGGUGUCCAAUGAGUCCGUAAACAUGUGGAGCCAUGUACUGGGCUUCCUGCUCUUCUUCUGCCUGGGCGUCUACAACAUGGCAUCUGUUCUGCCCUCUGUGGGGGCCUCCAGAGAGGACUAUGUCAUCUAUUCUGUCACCCUCUUCUGCUUUCAGCUGUGCAUGCUGUGCUCGGUGGGCUUCCACGUCUUCUGCUGCCAUCGUUCAGAGAAGACAAGUCGGCGCUGGAUGGCUCUGGACUAUGCCGGUCUGUCCAUUGGGAUCCUGGGCUGUUAUGUGUCCGGGGUCUUCUACACCUUCUACUGCAAUAAUUACUGGCGGCAGGUGUACCUGGUAGCGGUCUUGGCCAUGAUCCUGGCGGUGUUCUUUGCUCAGAUCCACCCCGUUUCCCUGAGUAAACAAUGGAAGCAGAUGCGCUCGCUACUGUUCUGUCUGGUGGGGGGGUACGGUCUGGUGCCCACAUCCCACUGGGUGUGGCUUUCUGGGGGCUUCAGCUCCGAACUUGUGCAGGCGUUUGUCCCGCGGGUGCUCGGAAUGUACGUCCUUGCCGCUCUGGCUCUGGUCUUUUACGUCUCCAAAGUCCCAGAGAGAUAUUUCCCAGGCCAGCUGAACUACGUGGGCUCCAGUCACCAGCUCUGGCACGUUCUCCUGGUGCUCAUGUUCUACUGGUGGCAUCAGUCAUCAAGCUUCAUCAUGGCCUACAGACACAGCCAGGCCUGCCCCGAGCCCAGCGCCCCGGGGUAAAGAGGAGGGCUCAGGGGGCAGAGGAGGAGCGCAGGGUGCAGAGGGCUCAGGGUGCAAAGGAGGAGUGCAGUUUGAUUGACAGCUGCUGGGUCAGAGGAGUUCGAUGGACUUAAACAGAGCGGGAUCUCUCAGUACACUUCAUCCAACCGGACCUAAAGACUGUUCAAGACACGACGCUAAAUAUGUUUGAAAGUGUGAAGCUGCAAAAUAAGGUUCAUAAAGUAGAUAAGGUAGCAAGAGCUUAAAAAGACUACUGGAAGUGCCUGUGAAUCAAAGAGAAUUGAAUUUUUUAAGUAUUGCAAAAAUAAUUUACACCAAAUGUGAUUUUAGAUUUUUUUUUCCUGGUGUUAAAAGUGGUGUGGGUAUUUUUUAGCCAAAUGUAGCUUCCAAUUUAUCAUUUAAAAGGGGCUGUCCAAAUUUAGUAAAGAUGGAACAGCAAACUAUCUGGUUAGUUGGAAAACGCUUAACUCGCUGUGUCACUGCCCCCUGUGCUCGCUCUGACAACUAUCCAGCUAAAAUUGCUCAAAUGCAUUGGAUUGGAUAGUAUUUAUUUACAAAAUAUUUUUAGCACAAUUUCAAAGUUUUCAGAACAUGCAAGUGCCUGCAAGUUAAACUGAAACCACUUUUUUUUCUUUUUUUUUUUUGUCAUUCUAAUCAUGACAAAUACUUGAACUUGAAUUUGAAAUUUGAAAAUUUUCCCAAAAGUGGUAAAAUGUUAACCGAUUGUAGCACAAAUAGUUGUUUUUAUACUUCCUUCUUCAAGUCAAAUCAAACCCAGCAUUCAACUUUAUAGCUUUUUAGUUUAAACUGAGCGCCCCCUACUGCACAGAGUCAAAUCAGGUCCUACAAAAGGGAACCUAAAAUCAUGUGCACAGUGAACGGUAUUACUCUCUACAAUUCAUUCUAUGUAUACAAAAAGCUGCUUUAUCGAACCAAAGAUCAUAAAUGUCUUAAGUUUUAGUUGUAGCACACCCUAAACCUAUCAAAGGUUUUGUCCAGUUGACAGAUUUGAAUUUUCUUUUAUUAUUUAGUGCAAUGAUUAAAGUUUACAGGUCGACAUAAGUGUCACGUUGUGAACAGCACCAGUCAAAAGCUUGGACACAUUUUUCCACUAAUGUUUCUAGAAGAGUAUUAUGUAAAAUCAAUUGUUUUGAGCUUCCUACCAUGUUAGAACAUUCAUCAACUCAUCAAAAACAUGCCUGAAGAGGUUUUAGAUGUCAUCCGUGCAUGUUUGAGUAAUCUAGCGAUCUCUCCUGGUUCAGUUCUCCUCAUGGUUAGCAGUACGAGUCUGUACAUGUCACCCCUGUACUUGCCAUUUUCCAUGCAAAAGUAUGAUAUAAAACAAUGCGUUACAACUUGUUUUGACCUGAUGUGCAGUAGUUUCAUUCGCAGGACGCGCUCUGAAGGGGGCGUGGCCAGUAUAGUAUUUCCAAAACAAUAAAAGGUAAUGCGGUGAUCUAAAUGUUGUGUAUUGGCAAUUAUACCCUGUAAGAGUAUAAUAGUGCCUCUUUAAUGUCAUUUUAAAUUUGGAUUUUUACAUAUUUACUGCGGGUUGAACCAGUGUGAAUGAGGCUUAAAGCAAUAGCUGGUAAUGUAUUGUAUUCCUAUUUAUAGAAUGGUCAUUUAAAUCCUUGUAAAUGCUUUACUUUGAAGGUCUUUUUAUUAUUCUAAAGCUGUCCAGUAGGCUCUGCUUGUGUCCAAACCUUUGACUAUGAUGAGGUUUAUAAUAGUAUUUGUUUGAUGUUUCAUGGGAGUAGUUAUCUGUGUAUUAUAAGGUUCCUCAAAAGGAUUGUGACUACUUUUUCUAUUUGUUCUUACACCCGGUCAUUUCAGUGGUUUGAAGCUCUACAUAGGAAUAAUGCAGUGUGUGUUAAGUUAUUGUAUGCAAGUAUUUGUAUGUUUUGUAAAUAUUUUGUCACCUUUUGUUUAAGCUCUUUUGUACAGUAGGGCCUUUGUAACAUGGACUUUUGAAUCUGAACACUUCAAACUUGACACUAAAUAAAGUUAAAAAGCACUGGUUAAAAUG